CAUUGUCCUCAGACCGGCCAGCCAGCCAAGGUUACACAGCCGUUUUAUCUCCCCGCCUUUAAAGGUAGGCAUCCACGGCGCACAGCCGCAUCUCUCCGUCCACACUCUACACAUCGCUCUCUGCCUACCGCGACCGGACGGCUGGGUGACUUUAUGGUGACAAAUGGAGAGCAUCAAUCAUAAAGUGAACACUUACCUAGAGUCAUGGCUAGGUCCCAGAGAUCAGCGGGUGCGGGGAUGGCUGCUGCUCGACAACUACCUACCAACCCUUGCACUCACGCUCAUGUACCUUCUGAUCGUGUGGAUGGGGCCCAAGUACAUGAAACACAGGCAGCCGUACUCCUGCAGAGGCCCCCUGGUGCUCUACAAUCUGGGCAUCACACUCUUGUCCUUCUACAUGUUCUAUGAGCUUGCUACCACUGUGUGGCAUGGUGGCUACAACUUCUACUGCCAGGAUGCUCACAGUGCACCGGAAGUGGAUAAUAAGGUCAUGUAUGUCCUGUGGUGGUACUACUUCUCCAAGAUCAUUGAGUUCAUGGACACCUUUUUCUUCAUACUACGAAAGAAUAAUCACCAGAUCACCUUUCUCCACAUCUACCACCACGCUAGCAUGCUGAAUAUCUGGUGGCUUGUUUUGAACUGGGUCCCCUGCGGCCAUCCAUACUUCGGUCCCACCCUAAACAGCUUUGUCCACAUCGUGAUGUAUUCUUACUACGGCCUCUCAGCCAUCCCAGCCAUACGGCCGUACCUUUGGUGGAAGAAGUACAUCACACAGUUACAGAUGAUCCAAUUCUUUUUAACCCUGUCCCAGACAAUGUGUGCAGUCAUAUGGCCAUGUGGCCUCUCCAUGGGAUGGUUGUACUUCCAAAUAAGUUACAUGGUCUCACUCAUUAUCCUUUUCUCAAACUUCUACAUUCAGACUUACAAGAAGCCCAGUGCUUCUCUGAAGAAGGAGCACCAGAAUGGCUCUCCUGUAUCAACAAAUGGACAUGCAAAUGGGACGCCAUCUAUGGAGCGCUCUGCACACAAGAAACUGAGGGUGGACUGACAUUUGAGAAACCGUCACCCAAUUCUUACUGUAGCAUGUUAGCUAAUGCUGAUAGGAGGUACAUGUAUCUUCUUCUCUAGAAUAUUUAGAAUUUUACACACAUUCCUACCAAUGGUAUUGAAUUAUUAAAUUAAUAUAGUUAAAGGAAAAGGGUAUUAUAGCUGACAGUGCACAAUAUUGCCUCCCCCACCCUCUAGAGGAAAUUUAGUCCAAAUCUCUUUCCUGCUACCAGCAAACAAACACAUGUUUUGACUCAUUCAGUGAUGCUUUACACACAGAAGGUCCAAAGAUGAAAGCAGCAGUGAGUGUGUUGUCAGCUGAAGGUUUCAUCACGCUCGAUGAAGUCUUUGUUUCAACAACCUAAGGAACAAUUAAAAACACACAGUGCUUACUAUGAUCCUUAAUGUGUAACUAGAGCAUGCAUCUUGUGUUUUGCUUUCACUUCUGCCUGGGCUGUUGCAUAAUCCUCAAUUUUACCCUGUGAAAUACUGUAAAGCAUUUUUAUUGACAGCUUGUAAGAGCAGAAGUUGCAUUUUGCAGUAUAUUUGCAGAGCAGUAUCUCCUUUUUGGAAUAUUUAGCCAUCUAACCAAAGCAUAGUGUACUGCAUAUGCUAGGAUUCAUAUUUAAACCAGUUAAGACAUCAUGUUAGGUGGUUGUUGUUUUUUAUGAGCACGAUAUCAACUCCAUUUUCCUUAACAUCCUCCAUGUUUCAAAAAUCAGUUUUUCUUCUUUCACACUGUGUUAUAUGUACUAUAGCUUUAUCUAGUAAAUGCCAUUAAUCAAUUAGAACUUGAAUUCACUGAAAUUAGGUCUGCAGUGCAACUGCUUAUUGGUAAUAUUUAGGUAGUGAAUGUAAUAAUUCAUUGCUAAAUAUUCAAAUAUGUUAUAUUCAGAUAAACUUUACUAUAUAGUUGAGAAUUAAAGCUCAUUAUUGAGCUUGGACACAGCAGUUGAAAAAACAAUUUCAAGGUCCAUUUAGUAGAUGCUCUGGAGCUUUUGAUUUUCUCAUGAUCUUCCUCAACACAUGGAUUUUGCCCAGUUGUCGUGAGAAGUCCUUUAAAUGCUACAAUCUACAAUUCCAUGACCCCAUCUGCUGAGGAAGAUCAUGUGAUACGAUCAACAGCUCCGGAACAGCUACUAAAUGGACCUUGUGGUGGAAAUGUUUUGUCAAAUUCUAUGCAGUUAAAAAGAUUUUUGAGUCUUUACACAAAUAGGGUGCCUUCUGAACCAUUUGGUUUGGUUUCUAAUGUAACAUUUUUCAUCUUUUCAAUAUGCUAUCACCAGAUUCAUGUUGGUACAUUUCAGAAUAAUAUGUGUCUAACUUCCUGUUCAAAUCCUG